GACUCAAUGGCGGAUCCUCACCGUCCGUUUGAGCUCAUCACCGACGCUAGCGAUCUGGCCGUUGGCACAGUACUGUUACAAGAUUUCGGCGACGGCCUCCAACCCAUCGCCUACGAGUCACGAAAGCUGAACCUGGCCAAGCGAAAUUAUCCUGUCCACGACAAGGAGUUACUCGCCAUCGUUCACGCUUUCAAGGUCUGGCGCUGCUACCUGACGGGCGCUGACGUGACAAGAGAGAGAGAGAGAGAGAGAGAGAGAGAGAGAGAGAGAGAGAGAGAGAGAGAGAGAGAGAGAGAGAGAGAGAGAGAAUCGAUAGG